AGUCCUAGCCAGCAUGUUCCUCUACCAGCUCCUCAGCUUCUUCUUCGCCGGCGGCGGCGAAAAGAAGGAAGAGCCCUCCUCGGGGUACGAGGCCUCCCGCUUCAAGAGGGGCGACCUCCUGGAGGUCCCCCGGACGCUCUUUACGCACUUCGGCAUCUACUUGGGCGAGGGGCGGGUGGCCCACCUGAUCCCGGACAUUCUGCCGGCGCUCACCCGCGACCGGGCGGCGGUGGGCGAGGCGGUGACCAACCGGCGGCUGAUUCUGGGCGUGGUGGCCAAGGUGGCCAGCGUGCGGGUGGACUCGCUGAGGGACUUCGCCUACGGGUCGCCGGUGCUCGUCAACCGCACGGACGACGUGUGCAAGCAGCCGCCGCUGGACGGCGAGCGGGUGGCCGAGCGGGCCGAGAAGCUGCUGGGCGCCGUGGCCUACAGUCUGCUCUGGUACAACUGCGAGCACUACGUCAUGUACUGCAGAUACGGCAUGGCCAUCAGCUACCAGACCUACCAGUUCUGCACGACAGUGCGCAAGAUCGUGUGCAGCCGCACCAGCUCAUACCUGACGGCCUUGUGCGGGGCGGCCUUCCUGCUUUUCCUGGGCUGCGCUACUCCCGCCCCCCUUUUGGCCACGCUUUUGCUGUCCUUCACCAUCUGGAUGGCCGCCUAAACUCUUUCUUCCUACUUUAAAACAUGGAGGAGGAAACCACCUUCACUAGCAAUGUGACAAUAUAACCAAAUGCUGAUACAGUAUAUGGCCAUAUACCAAAAGGGUUCUUUUCAAAAGGUGUCAUGUCACUGUUUAAAAAAUCUUCAUUCAUUGGCACUGAAACCAGAGCACUAACCUGGUUUUGGGAGCACUUCCUGUUGAUUUUGGGGCAUUUACAGGUCACUUACUGUUCAUUUUGUGUCACUUCCUAUUCAUUUUGAGAUAUUCUCAGCUCACUUUAGUUGUAGUAACCCAAAUUCAACAGGAAGUAACUCAAAUAUGCCCCAAAAUCAACCGAAAGGGACCCGAACAUGCCCCAAAUUCAACAGGAAGUGAAUCGUAAAUGCCCCAAAAUCAACAGGAAGUGACCCAAACAUUCACCCAAAAUCAAUAGGAAGUGACCCAGACAUGCCCAAAAUAAAUAAGAAGUGACUUAGCCAAGCCCCAAAAUCAACAGGGAGUGUCCUGAACAUGCCCCAAAUUCAACAGGAAGUGACACGAACAUGCCUCAAAUCAUAAGGCAGUGACUGUAUAUGCCCCAAAAUCACCAGGAAGUGGUCCAUAUUUGCCCCAAAAUAAACAGGAAAUGAGCUGAACAUGCCCCAAAUUCCACAGGAAGUGGCCCGGACAUGCCCUAGAAUCAACAGGAAGUGGCCCCGACAUUCCCCAAAUUCAACAGGAAAUGUCCUGAACAUGCCUCAGAUCAACAGGCAGUGACUAUAUAAGCCCCAAAAUCACCAGGAAGUGGUCCAUAUUUGCCCCAAAAUAAGCAGGAAAUGAGCCAAACAUGCCCCAAAUUCAACAGGAAGUGACCCGAACAUGCCUCAAAUCAAUAGGCAGUGACUAGACAUGCCCCAAAAUCAACAGGAAGUGGCCCGGACAUGCUCUAAAAUCAACAGGAAGUGGCUCGGACAUGCCCAAAAAUCAACAGGAAGUGACCCAGGCAUGCCCAAAAUCAAUAAGAAGUGACUUAGACAAGCCCCAAAAUCAACAGGGAGUGUCCUGAACAUGCCCCAAAUUCAACAGGAAGUGACCCGAACAUGCCUCAAAUCAAUAGGCAGUGACUAUACAUGCCCCAAAUUCAACAGGAAGUGGUCCAUAUUUGCCCCAAAAUUAACAGGAAGUGGCCCGGACAUGCCCAAAAAUCAACAGGAAAUGUCCUGAACAUGCCCCAAAUUCAACAGGAAGUGGCCCGGACAUGCCCAAAAAUCAAUAGGCAGUGACUAUACAUGCCCAAAAAUGAACAGGAAGUGACCCAGAAAUGCCCCAAAAUCAACAGGAAGUGACCUGUAAAUGCCCCCAAAUCAAUAGGAAGUGACCUGUGAAUGCCCCAAAUCCAACAGGAAGUGGCCCAGACAUGCCCAAAAAUCAACAGGAAAUGUCCAUCAACAGAAAGCGGCCCGGACGUGCCCAAAAAUCACCAGGAAGUGACCCAGAAAUGUCCCAAAAUCAACAGGAAGUGAUCUGUAAAUGCCCCAAAAUCAAUAGGAAGUGACCUGUGAAUGCCCCAAAAUAAACAGGAAGUGAUCCAUAAAUGCCCUAAAAUCAACAGGAAGUGACCUGAACACUCCCCUAAAAUCAAUAGGAAGUGAUCUGUAAAUGCCUCAAAAUGAACAGGAAGUAACUCAGACAUGUCCCAAAUCAACAGGAAGUGACCUGUUAAUGCCCCGAAUCCAAAAGGAAGUGCCCCAGAAUGCCCUACAAUCAAUAGGAAGUGACCUAGGAAUGCCCCAAAAU